AUGGGCCGUGUUCGAACGAAGACCGUUAAGAAGUCCGCUAAGGUAAUUAUCGAGCGGUACUAUCCAAAGCUUACUCUCGAUUUCGAGACGAACAAGAGGAUUUGCGAUGAGAUCGCGAUCAUCUCUUCCAAGCGCCUCCGCAACAAGAUUGCCGGGUUCACCACUCACUUGAUGAAGCGAAUCCAACGUGGUCCCGUUCGUGGCAUCUCCUUCAAACUGCAGGAAGAGGAGCGAGAACGCAAAGAUCAAUAUGUUCCCGAGGUCUCCGCCCUUGAUUUCACGCAGAACUCUGAGAGCGGCCAACUCGAUGUCGAUGCUGAGACUAAGGACCUUCUGAAGUCCCUUGGUUUUGACGCUAUUCCCGUCAACGUUAUUCCCGUCACACAAGCUCAGGCCUCCGAUCGUGGUGGCCGUCGAUUCAACGACCGACGACGCGAUUAA